AUGAUCUCAAACAGCGAGGUCACUAAGGAGAAAGAGCCGGUGAAACGCCGUGCCUGUGACGAGUGCCGGGCACGGAAACUUGCUUGCUCAAAAGAACCAGAUGGCUGUGCGCGGUGUAAGCGCGAAGGCGUUCACUGUAACUACUCGGCCCAGAAACCCAUGGGUCGGCCAAGGAAACGUCCUCACGUCGACGUGGCCGAGGCAUCGCGAAAGGAGGCAAAGACUGAUGAUGUUCCCCCCAGCGAGACGGCGGCCUUGACCUAUCCUGUUUCCAUGCCCUUUGACGGGACCCUCAACCUGGACCUGGACAUGUGCUUUCUCGACGUCACCAACACAGACAUAAAUUUCAGUGACAUAUUCGACCCAAAUUUCCAGUUCGGAUCGUAUGGCUUCCCCUUGUCCUUGGAUUAUGACAUCCCCCAACCGGGACCGGCACCCGGGCAAAUAGAGACCAUGCCCAAGGAGGAGACAAGACAUGCCAACCAAGCCUGGAUGGAUUCCACGGCUGCCGUCAACGCACAAUGGCAGCCGGUACUUGGGGGAUACCUCGAUGUCAACUUUGACAGCAUUGACGUACAAGCGUCCACAUCAGCUUGCUCCUCUUCAAUACAGCAAUACUCCUCGCCCUUCCCGAAGCGAGAACAACCAGAGGGAAUAUACCCAAACACAUCUCACAAUCACCACGGCUCCCGCCCGGCAUCACGAUCAGAGGUAUCCGAAUCAACCGUCCCCCAUCUGACUCCCGGCGGCUCCUCCACCACCAGUCCCAGCGACAGCACCAACACCAACGACCGCGCCGUCGGUGGCCAGCCCGCCGCUCAAUGUGCUUGCUCAGGCAAUCUCCGCGAGGCCAUGGAGUCUCUCCGCAUCGUGCCCACUGACAACAUCACCCAAGCGCUCUACACCGUCCGUACCGUGACCAAGAUAGCACACGAGACCAUCCUCUGCAGCAUCUGCGGCGACCCUCUCGGUGGCAGUUCCUCCUCUGCCGCCAACACCGACACCGACACCGACACCAAGACCGACAACAAAAGCAACAACAACUCCGACGAGAACGAACCCCCUGACUCGGCCAUCCAAAACAUGGUCCUCCUCGCCGCCAUCCUCCCCUCCCUCUCCUCGUCCUAUACCCUUCUCCUCGACCUCGUCGAAAAGGAGACUCUCUCCGCCACCUCUUCAGGCCGCCACAUCUUCUUCGAUUUAGAAGGCUACGGCGGACUCUGGGGUCCCAUUGCAACUUCCUGGAAGCGAUGCGAGGACAUGGUCGCCCUUCUCGCCCAGUCGCUGCCCCCCGCAACCUGGCGCCUGAUAGCCCGCGCCAUGCUCAAGCUGGAUGUGUACGGACAGGGCGGGGCGGCAGGGACGGCGAGUCAGAGGCCGGUGAUUAGCUUGGGUGAUGAUGAUGGUGGUUGUAUGAUUGGCAGCCGGGACAAGAGUAAUGGCAAUGGCCUUCAACAAGAGCCGUGCGAGAAGGUAGAGCAUAUUGGACUCAAAGAUAUCUUUGCGAGGUUGGAGGAGAGGUCGAGGAGACGACAGGAGAGGUUGGAGGCAUUGGUGGCGAGUGGGGAGUUGGAGGGGGUGAUUCCGUUGAUUUCCGGGGGUCUGGAUGUCGGGAGUGCUAGUGAGAAGUCGAUAUCGCCGACUGCGUCGACGGGAAUAACCACGACGCUGGCGGCGGCGGGCGAGGCGGAUGAAAAGAUGGAAGGAAAGGCGGACGGGAAGAAGACGAGGUCACCGGGUAUGAGGAUCAUUGCAUCUGCGAAGAGUGCGAUGGAUAGGUUGUUGAUUUCCUGAUUUCUUUCUGUUUUUUCCAAUUUUUUUUUCACCUUCUGGGCGGUGAUAAGGGCUUAGGAGGGAGGAUACGGAGUUGAACCCCCACAUAAGCGGAAGCUUCAUUGUUCUCUGUGGCUUUGGUAUGGCAUGACAGUUCUGUUACGUUCCAAGCGUGGAGUUCUGAGGUUUCCGGGUUUACUACUAGGUAUUAUUUGGGUGUAUGGACAUAGCGAUGGUAUGAAUGACCCUUUGUAUUUUGUUGUCACGUUUGGUUGCGAUUGGGAAGAGAGGUGAGUCUGGCUUCUAACAAUGAAAAUUUCUGAUGGUUCACUUACUAACGUGAAUCUGAUGGUUCGAACGGUUU